CUUCCCAACGUUUCAACCCCGCCUUCGCUGCCCAUGACGGUAGACCGUGACCGGCACGUAGCUAUGGCAGCUAUGGCCAAUGGUGGAGAUGACAUGUAUCGUCUCUCCAAACGAAUCACAAAGAAGCUAAGGCAUCAAGGAAGGGAUCUCCAAAUGAGACCCGAUGGGUUCGUGGAGAUUUCUACGUUGAGCACUCGAAUGCGAGAGCCUCAAGAGCGGGUAGAAGCGGCCGUUCAUGACAACCGUCGCCUUCAGACCCAUCGAUAUGGCACCAGAUGGUGGGUGCGGGCUGUCGGGAAGCACAGCACUGAUGCCCCCGUCGACCCGGAUUUGCUGCGUUUGUCCCCCGAGCACUGCUUCGAGCACAACCCGCCUGGGCCUGCCGUGAUGAUGGGAACAGCGGGCACUGGCGCAGGCUACGUCGGUCACGGAGAUUUGCCACCUGUGGACGCGCCGCCAGCGCCGUCCGCCCGCUCAGAAUUCCCACCGGUGGGACAGCAAAUGCCAGUAGCGCCGGCAGCUCCCAAUGAUGGAUCAAUGCAACAAGACACGAGGCAGGUCCCUAUGGCCCCUGCAGCGCCCGCAGCUUCCAAUGGGCCGAGUGGAGGGCGCGGUGGGGAGGCCUCGGGAUCUGAUGGCACCAAACAGCCGCAGCCUGCUGCGCAAGGCCAUGCCAUGGGCACCCCGGGUCCAGAUGACAUGCUCUUCGAUCUGGGCGCGAGGAUCCAAGCCCUGGAAGAGGAGAACAAAGCGCUGCGCGCGGAGAACAAUGACUUGCGACGCCAGCUUCAGGCCUCACAAUGAAGCUGGGGACAGCGGAGAGUUCCCGAUUCGCAGGCUGCACAGAUGCUGACAUCCUGACAGCUGUCCCACGCAUCCGCCGCCGCCACCACGAAGCCAGAUUUUACAGAGCAGAUCAGAAAAGACGUGUGGGCGCAGC